CGUUUCAGAAAGCAAGGGUGAUUCACACUUCAUGUUCCCAACUCAAGCUUAAGCUCAAGGAAGCGGACAGCUCACCCAAACAAAACACCGACAGCGACAGGCCUUGAACUGUACCUGUCAGUUCCCCUCCAAAGUCCACACCAAGAUAGGCAUAGUAAGCAAGAACUUGUUAAAGUGUGAAAGGCACCAGAGCAAAUGGAGUGAUGGCAGCCAUGGUGAGCCCGGCACACUCUCCACGGAGGCUGGAGAGGCUGGCCAAGGAGACCCUGGUGUACCUUGUCAUCAGACAUUCCAUACCUGCCUCCAUCUCAACACUCACCUUCCCGCAGGACUUAGAGCACUGCAUACCCAAUAACCAUCCUGGCAUGGACAAGAUCAUCAUGGCUACUGAUAAUCAGUUCCCUGACUGCCUGCCACAGAAGAAACUGCUCUUGGAGCACAUUCAGGCUGUGAGGGAGUGGUGGGAGAGCAACGUGGUGGUGAUGGGCCGUGUCGGUGUGUGGCGGUGUGUGCUGGAGUGUUUGGCCACUGAGCUGGAAUAUCUUGACCAGUACUGCCUCUUCCCCCUCUUCCGGCUACUCCUGCAACUCUUGUUUUCCAUCCGAGUCGGAAGAAAACUAGAUGGCAUGACCAACAGCGACCAGCCUUCAAUUCAAGUGGAAUUGGCUGCUAAGGCAUGUCCAGUCUUUGCUGAGGUGCUGAGGAAAUUGAAACCCUUUAGUAUAGAAGAACUCUCAACACAGUUUAUUAUAUUUGGAAGCCAGGAACCACUUCAGGUGAUACUGGAAAACUCACCCCAGCUAAGAAGAGUACACCUGCGGAAGAAUAUCACGGAAGAAACUUUAAAAAGUGUGAGCCAAAACUGCCCUCUGAUGGACACUUUUGUGAUUGAAAAGCCUUUUGGCAGACUCCUUGUGUCGGUGGACUGUCUCUACAAGACUUUCUUCCGUGGAAUGGACCGUAAUGAGAUCGAUGCCGUGGCUCGCAGUGGUUUGUCAUCCAAGCGUCAGGCAUGUCUUUCCUUCCCCAGACUUAAGUUUGUUGACCUGGGAGAAGAUAGUGAUUGUCCCCUUGAUAUUGAGAAAGAUUCCUUUUCUGAGUUCAUUUAUAACAUCCUUUUAUUCUACCCAGGUCUAGAAAGUGUGACAUGCUACAGAUCAAGACCUUUUGUGCCCAAGCCCUUCUCUAAGCUGCCUGCUUACUUCCAUUCCCUUUUAUAUUCUUUACAGUACCUGGACCUAGAAGGACUCAUGAUCUGGGCAAAUGAUAAGGCUGUUGCAGGAUCAGUAGCUCGCACACUAUCUGUUUUCCCAAAGAUUCAACACUUUACACUCUCUCAUGACCCUGACACCUACCUAGAUGUAAUAAACUUCGCUAGAAUGUGGAUUCCAAGAUUUAAGUGCAAAGCUCUUACCAUCAAAACAUAUUUCACUUUGCCUCAUGAAAGGACUGAAGAUCAUUCACUUUCACCCUACCAGGUGCUCUUAAAUGACAUAGGAGCCAAUCUCACUGCACUCCAGUUUCACCUUCAUGCUAACCUGUGUGUAGGAGAACUGUGCAGUCUUCUUCCUUUAUGUCCAUCUCUAGAGUUUCUUGGAAUAAUAAUGUCUGCAGACCAUUUUGAGGAUGAUGUUCCAUCUGAUAUUCAAACUCUUCCUCUGCUGAAGUGCUUAACUGUUGAGGGUCCAAGUAUCCUUUCUUUCUCUCAUUAUCAGCGCACCCUGUUCAACAGACUAAUUCAACUGAUGAUUAUGGCUGCCCCAGCCCUUAGUCAGUUAGAACUUGUUGUUCAUCAUCGACCUCUUAUGUGGCUUAUGGACAUGGCUCAAAAGAAGAUACUAGCUGGCUUGGAGGUCUUGUUUCUGAAUCUGAAUCCCUUUGGACCCAGCACUGUCAGUGUCUCAUUUUAUGUGCAACUUUUGGAGCUUCUUCCCAAACUGAAAUUGUUCAUGUUAGCACCAAUCUGUAGCCAGCUUCUUUCAGACAUAAAACAAAUAUACCACACUACAGAUCUUCAGCUUGUAGCAAGAGAAACCGUUAACUCAAGUAAGCCAUGGCACUGACCACCUCUGUGUCAGCAGAGGUGCCAACACUGCCAUUGUGUGUCACCAAAGAUCUCUAACCCUGACUCCUAACUUUUGUUGACUGAGAGAAUUGGUAGUGAUGUUUUUCCUAUUUCAGGAACCAAUCUGGACAUGGAUUUACACUCUUUUCCAGUUGUGAAUGCUGAUAAUAGAGAUGUUGCAUCACUAGUCUGUUGUGCUAAUUUUAGAACAUUAAAUGUAAAGUUAUAAGGCCAAUUCCAAGGUAACUGAAUAUCCCAUGGUACAGUAUUAUUAGGCAGUGUCCUUGCACCUAGUUCAGCUGUUCAGUUUUUAUGUUCAGAUGAGGUAGACAUUGAAUUGUUUUGUUUGUAUAGGAACUUUGUACCUAUUGAGAUAUGCUCUCUAAAAAAUUAGAUAAACUGCUUGUAAAUUAAUACAUUUUUUACAUACUGGAUGAAGGACCUCCCAGAAAACUUUGGCUCCAUAUAUGUUUAGAAGAUGACUUGUUUGUAAAUAAUAUAUGUAUAUAUGGAAUGAAUGGACCUUUGAACUGUCUGUGAUUCUACUAAAUAUUGGCCUUUACUGUAAGCAUCAUAUAUAUAUAUAUAUAUAUAUAUAUAUAUAUAUAUAUAUAUAUAUAUAUAUAUAUAUAUAUAUAUAUAUAUAUAUAUAUAUAUAUAUAUGUAUGUAUAUAUAUAUAUGUAUGUAUAUAUGUAUAUAAGCAAGGUUUUCUAGAAUUUGUAUAUUAAUGUGCAGACUUUAUUUGUUUAGAAAGCUUAGAAGAAAGGAGACAUGUCAAAUAAGACAAAAUAGGUGUUAAUGAGAAGUAACAUUCCUCUUCAUGGAACCACUGAAUGAAAAUAAUGAUUAAUAUUACCAUUUCACUCACUCAUCAUCAUCAUCCUCAUCAGUUUAAAUCAUUGUCAUUCAAAACAUUACAGUACAUUACUUGUCACCUCAGUUUGCUAGAUAAGUUGGCUGACAUAUUAAAAUAGCAUAAAAUAUAUCCUCACCCUAGACAUGGUAGAAAAUAUGCCAGUGCAGUUUGCAUGCAUCAAGCACAAACCUAGCUAUUGGAUUAGGUGACCAUGUUUACCUUUUGUCACCAGAAUUCUGCCUGCUUAAGUUUUAACUGUAAUUGUGGCAAGGCACUGCCCAGGGAGCAAACUUGGGAACCUCCACAUGUUGGUUUUGCUACCCAUUACACCGUGGUACCCUCUUUUGGCAACUUGCAUAAUAAAGUACCCUCUCCUGGCAUUAUUUUGCAGUUUAUUGUACUGCAUCAGCUUGGGCACCCAACAAAGGAAUCUGUUCGUACAAUAGGUACUAUAGUAAGACCAGACUAAUCUGGGAGCUAGGGUGGGGUCAGGGUGUGGGUACAGCUCUACCACUUUUCUUAAAACUGUACUAAAUAACUUCUGUGAUACAUCUAAAAGGUGCUUGAAAUAAGAAGAAGAAAUAAUAAAUAUGAUUACCAUGUAAAUAUAAUAUCCCACAAAAAUUAAAGUCAUUAUACAUAUAUAUAUCUGUAUAUCAAUAAAGGAACAAGGUAUAAAUAUUGUACAGUGUUGCUAAGAAAAAUGUUUUAAUUAGAUUUUAUAGUUGUUUUAAGAUGGGUAACUAUUUUAUGUAUGACUAUAUUUAGAAGGUAAUCUGAAGGAAAAGAAGUGGGAAAUGUGUUAUUUACUUAAUAAAAAAAAAUGUUAAACUCAUCAUGAAGGGCAACACUCACCCACCCAGUGUGACCCAGGCCCCAGUAAGAUGGGUGACCUCUUCCUGGCAUGCUACUUUUAUUAACUCUCACCAGGUUCAAGCUGGGCAAGUAUGUAUGUUAUGUUUAACAAUAUUUAUAGGAUAAUUUGAAGGAAUACAAGUAGGAAAAUAUGUCAUUUACUGAACGAAAAGUAAAUAAUAAUGAAUAAUAAAACAUAAGUCAUUGGGAACAUGAGGUGCAAGUGACUUCACCCUGACAUGAAUCACCUGUUGUGUGUCCCCAGGGAGGCAACCCACCUGGUUUUAUUUUUGCAAAAGUGGCAGUGCUGCACCCACACCCUGAGCCCACCCUAGCUGCCAAAUUAGGCUGGUCUUACUAUAGUGAGCAUUCUGUAAGGAACUGGGUGAAACUGUGUAGGAAUCUGGCUGACAGUCCCUAGAGAUGUAUGCUGCAAUAAUUCUGUUGCUUUCCUUCAACUUUCUAAGAAAUUACAGUAAUAAGGAAUUCACUCCAGCUGUUUCUUGAUAAUGUUGGUAACUUGAGUCAGUGUCAUUUCAAUCUUUCCUGGUGAGUCUUGUGGUAUAAUGUGCUCAUUCUUCUGCUGUCACAAAAACAUUUCUCAGUUCCUCACACUCUUUACUUGCACCUACUUCUCUAACAAUUUCCUUUGUUGGAUGCCUUAGCUAAUCCAGAUCCAUAAUGUAUGAAAAAUAUAAAGAGUUGCUUUAUUCUUGUCCAAAAUAAAGCAAAAAAAACAUUAAACACAGAAUCAGUUAGGGAGCUUAGUUGCUGACAAAAAUAAACAUGACUCCAUACUUGUGACAUCCAAGAGAUUUAGAAAGAUUUCCCCUCCCUCAGUUGGUAUUCACUCAUAUUGCUGUCCAAUGAUCAGGAAAAUUCAGAGGUUUAAAUGAAGCAGUCAUACAGGAAGACUAAUGAAAGUACAUACCAUGAAUGUAAUACUGGUUAUGAAAUAAGUAGUCUUUACAUUUUUGGUGAUGCUUUUUCAGAUGAGUUUCAUGGUAGACAAAACAGGUGUUUUUAAUGUUUUUGCAAGCAGCUAAUAUGGAUUACUCAACCUCUUGUAUAAUUUUAUGUUCUUAUGAGUCAUGGCCUUUGUGUGUGUAUGCUGAAGUUGUGCUUCAUGUGCAGAAGUGGCAAACAACAGUUGGGGGAGAAAGAACUGCAUGUGUAAGUUGGUGCUAUUUGGAGUUUAUACUUGAACUAUUUUAUGUACUAUGUAUUUGGUAAUGAAAAGAAAUUUAUGUUAGUCUGUUGAAUAAAAAUAGAAAUGCUGUCCACAAACACAAUGGAUUGAAGGAGCCUGUAAGUAGAUGAAAGAUAUGUUUGAUAUUUAUGAGUGGUGUAUAGUAUGAUACCUCUGGUGCAGAGCUCAGCAUGCAACAUAAAAGUAAUUGGCCUUUUUUUUUUUUUUUUUUUU